UCACUUUGUUAGAGUUAUAAUAUAAGUCAUGUAUACCCUUUUGUAUUUAUCCCGUAGUAUAAGGGGUUUCCUGCAUAUGUACCACACCUGUACAUGUAUAUAUAUAUCGGCCUAUGGCCUCAUGGGAAUACAAGUUGCUUAUUCCUAACAUGGUAUUAGAGCUUUAGGUCUCUUUUUCGCACGCGCAACUCGUGCUCGAUCCCGUCCCGCCGCCGCCGCGAUUUUUUCUCCGUCUCGGCGUCGCUACUCUGCCCCUCCAGUCCGUCGCCCGCCCUCCAGUCCGUCGUCCGCCAGCGCCCGCCCGGCUCCUCUCCCUCCCGCCAGGUGCUGCCGUCCGCCGGGUGUCGCCGUUCCCGUUGCCCGCCAGCCGCCCGCCGUGUGCCGCCGUUCCCGUCGCCCGCCGGGUGCCGCCGUUCCCGUCGCCCCGCCAGGCUCCUCUGCUUCCGCCAGGUGCCCGGGCGGCUCCUUCCCGUCGCCCCGCCAGGCUCCUCUGCUUCCGCCAGGUGCCCGGGCAGCUCCCGAUCGAGCCCUCUCGCCAGUUGGAUCGUCCAGCCCCUCCCGCCGGUUCGAUCCCCUCCUGAUCGGCUGGGCUGCCGUCUGCGGUCUGCUGCGCCGUUGUCCUCGUUCGGAUCUUUGCAAAAAGAAAAAAUGUCUACUGCCUCGGGCUUUGUCGCUGUCCCUCGCUGUCCGGUGAUCUUCGACGGUACUAACUACACCGAGUUCGCUGGCUUCAUGCGCAUUCACAUGCGUGGCAUCCGUCUCUGGGGUGUUCUUUCUGGCGAGGUCUGCUGUCCGCCACGUCCGGUUCCUCCGGUGGCCCCUACUCCGCCGACUCCACUGGUUCUUCCUCCGGAUGCUAAUCAGGCCGCCAAGGAUGCGGCUAAGGUUGCUGAUGAGGCUGCUGAUCGUGCCUAUGAUGAGAGGGCUCUGGCUUAUGAGGAGGCUCUUCAGACGUAUCAUGGUGCUUUGUCUGUUUACACCCAGUGGCUUGAUGAUGAUGCUCGUGCUGCCGCUGUUCUCACUGCUAGUGUUCUGCCUCAGUUUGCUUCUGAGUUUCUGGGUCUUCCUACUGUCUUCCAGAUGUGGACCUGUCUUCGUCAGCGCUAUGAGCCCUCUGGUGAUGCCUUAUACCUGUCUGUGGUUCGUCAGGAGCAUGCUCUUCAGCAGGGUGACUCUACUGUUGAUGACUUUUAUGCACAGAGUUCUGCUAUCUGGCGCCAGCUUGAUUCUCUCCGCAGUGCUGGUUGUCGUACUUGCCCUGCUGCCAGGCUGUCCAGGCCGAUUUGGAGUUUCAUCGCGUCUACGAGUUCCUGUCUCGGCUCCGUAAGGAGUUUGAGCCCCGGCGUGCUCAGUUGCUUGCUCGUGGCCGUAUUUCUCUCAUGGAGGCGCUUUCGGAGAUUCGUGCUGAGGAGACUCGCCUACGCGGUGCUGGUUUGCUGGAGGUUCCCUCGGUGCUCGCUACUCAGGUUUCUUCCACUCCACCUGCUGCACCGCCUCAUUCUCGCUCGAGUGCUCCGCCGCUCUUGCCCACUCCUUCUGGCGGCUCCGGUCGGCCCCGUUCACAUUGUGACUACUGCAACAAUGAUGGUCAUAUUGAGUCCCAGUGCUACACAAAGCGGAAACACCUGCGCAAGGCGCGAUCAUCCUCCUCAGGGACUUCGUCAUCUCCCUCGCCAGCUUCAGCCAUUGCUUUGACCGAGCAGGAUAUUCUGAGACUUAAGCGUCUGCUCGC